AUGAGUGUGAGUGUCGAAGACGUUUCUAGUCCUCUAUCUGAAGGGCAGAGCAGUGUUCUGGAUGAUGAAACGAAAUCCGAAGCUGAGAAUAAAAGCGAGGAUGUUGAGGCAGGUCAGAAAUCGGAGCCCACUACCCCUAAACCACAUCCUAUGGCGUUUACGAUCGACUUUGGACAGGCGAAACAGUUCGAUAAUCGUAGACUGGAGGAGCUAGCUAAGAAAUCACAGGCUAGACAUCAAAGAGUGCAAUCCAUGUCCGCGGGUCAGUCUAGACAGAGUCCGAUAUCUCAUAGACCACCUAUGAGCGGUAAAUUACCCAGAAAAGCCCAGGGUUACAAUUCAGAAGGCUACUUCUCGUCAGAUCAGGAAGACAGCGGCGUGUCGAGUUCCGUUAAACUCCGUAGUAGCCCACUAGCUGCAGAUAGACCGAAAAUAACAAGCCCGAUAACAAACAGACUAAUACGUUCGCCAGUAAACGAAAGUAAGCUUAUGUCCAAAAGUCCUAUAGUUGAUAGCAUAAUGUCCAGAAGUGAUAACUACACGCACACUCUCAAUCUACCCUUGAAAAACGCCAAUAGUUCCUACUUGAAAGACGUCCAUAGAUCGCCAAGUUACGGUAACAUCAAUUGUAAUAAACUACCCAUGGAUAUAAUAGAUGCUAGCCCCGAGGGUGCGAUGUUAACUGACAUAUCUAGUCCCGAAUUAGACAUUCUAACUCCCGAUAAUGGGUUGUCAACCCCUGAACACUCAAAGAGUCCGCUACGAAAGAGUAGAGCCUCAUCAGCAACCCCCGAUUUAUUAUUCAGGAAAUGCCCCCAGAAAUCUGAACCGUUGUACAUUGAUGAUGAAGUAGAUGGAGAAUCAAACCAUUCAUCAACAGGGACAUACACUAUCGAGUGUGAUAAUUAUACCGAGGAGCAAAAAGCUAGAAUGAGUAUUGAUAGAACUUUUGGUGUUGAACAACCGAUUUCUGUGCCGGAUACAUUGACAUGUACUUCAGUGGACCGAGAUCCUGAAAUAAUAUUUGACUUCCCAAAUCCUAGAGUCAUUACAAAAGAGCCAAGACGAGAUGUAUGUCUUCGGAAUCCGGUUACAAGCAAAGCUGAUAAUGUACAAAAUAAAAUAUCAAACGAUCGGAACGUUCUAGAAAUAUCAUGUUGUUACGAAUCUCCCAAUGAUGAUCUAGCUCUCCAAACCUCAAAACAAAUCAAAUCUACUAGAAGCUAUUUGGAGAAGAUAAAGAAUAGAGUUAGGACAAUAACGGAGAAGACCUUCUCCAAGUCGCCUCCGAAGUACGAAGAAGAUGCUGAUCUCGGUACAUUCACAUCGGUCACAACUUCUGGAGUACUCAGCUCUAAAUAUCCAAUCAAAGUUGAAAUGCCAAGUAGAAGGCGCUGUAGUCUAACAAAAUCAGAAAUCGAUAGAACAGAUUACAUACACCGUUUAUCAAGAGAAUCAUCGGUGCCUGUGAAUUUACCGAGCAACAAGAACAUUCUAGAAGACACGAAAUUCGAGAGCACAGCACUGAAAAACGCCCAGAAAGCUCUUAAAGAUGAUGUCAAUUUAACAUCGGAUCCACUCGUCGGAAAACUUUCCUAUCUAAGUUUGAACCGAUGUAAAGGUGACAAGACUUGGAUUCAGGAUUGGGCGGAUAGUGUGAAGAAAUAUAACAAUAAUGUGCUUCCCGAUGAAGCAGAUCUCAAUACCACCUUCUCCAUAGAAGAUCGUCCUCCAAUAAGUCCUAGAUUGAUACCGACAAAACCCCGAAGCCCGCAUGGCACACCGACAAAGAUCCCGAGCCCGGUUGGGACUCUUCUACAUCGUAGGACUCCGGACCUCAUCCCGCCUCAAGACACGGAAUCAUAUUUGGUGAAGACGCAAAAUGCUAUCACGAAUUUACAAGCUAAGCUGCACUCCACUAAGAAUACUUACAUUCCAAAUCAGCUGACUACAAGUCUUGUCAGCGAAAAAACACUAGUAUCAAGACUUCCACUAUCUCAGCUCAGCAGAUCCAAUUCGCUAAACUAUCGUCUUAGACGGAAGGAAACUUCCGGCGGAAGUAGUCCACUAAGAAGUCCCGGACACUACGUCAUCACCGGUUCCGCUAAAGUGCCAGAAACAAACAAAAUUCUCAUCAACAGCGCCACGAGAUCACUAGAACAAGACACAAGGCAUGACUCCAAUAUGAACAGCCCGUGCUCAGAAAGAGGUCUACUUAGUAAUAGUUCCGAUGACAAAACUCUAUCACACACACCGUACGAUGUGCACACAACACCGAACAGAAAAACGCACACACGUCAUAGAUCCUUCGACGGGAAGAAUCCUAUAGAAUACUUCCCGAGCGACAUAAACAACGCGAAUCAAAACGUAACCCUCAAACACGUCUUAAAAAAUAAUGCCAUAGACAGCAAAACACAUAGAAUCGAUCCAACGCGUUGCCAAGAUACCAAGAAGACUCAUAUAAGAGUUCUAACUGAUGGUAAAAAACCGUAUACAUCGAUCAAACGAUCUAGUUCAUUUAGCACCGUCAAUAGAAACAAUAAUUUAGACCCAAGAUUUACUUCUAGAAGAUCAAGUGGACAGUCCGAAGAAUAUAAGGACUAUUCAGACGAAUCUGACAACGGAUCGUUCGCUAAAACACAAGAUGUUAGACUCAAAAGACCAUUGCAUAGAGAUAGAAUGGACUAUGACGUAAAAUCUAUAGUCCCAUCGAAUUCGCCAAGAUGUCCAAAUACACCAGAAAUGCAGAGAAAAUUUGGUCCGGGGCUAGUGAGGGCGUCUGUUCGGCAUAAAGACCAAAAUACGCGAAUGUCGGAACCACCAAUGUCUAGGGAAGAGAAAAAACCUGUUAAUCAUCAAAGUAGAAGGAUUACUGAACCAACCAGACAAGCAGUUCUGAAUAGAUUGACCAAAUCCAGGUCUUCAACGAGAGAAGUUCAUACAAAACCUCAGGAGAAAGGCCAAAAGAAGCCAAGUCACCGUUCAACAUCCGGUUUAGCGUCAAAAGAAGUGGAAUUCUCCAAUUGGAAGAAGCGUUCCUCAUAUGAUCCUAUGAAAUCUGCCCAAGAGGGUAGGAAGAAGCAGCAAAUGGUCAGGAAACAGGAGUAUAAUAAAGAUGAUCUUAGCUCACCCAGCCACUCGUCGCCGGUUCAUCGUUCCCAGUCGUUCCACAACCACAUGUUGGACUACUCGUCGGAAGAGGAAACUCCCGUCGAAAUGAUCACCUCCACACAUUCCGACAUGCUCGGUCUGGAUUUGAGGAGGGAACUCGUCGUAAGUUACCAGGUUAAUCCUCCACAAGAGAAAAUCAAACGUCGUGAACAAAAAACUAAGAAAGAUAUUCAAGAUUUAUCAGACAAAAGGAAAACAUUUAUUGUUGAUUCAGAUACAAACUCAACGACAAACGGCAGUAGUCCUAGAACAUCAGUUUUCAGUCAUAAGAGUGAUACAGAAGACAGCGGGCCGGAAAGUGCGCCCGUUAUGAGGCAAGGGAGGAAAAUACAGCAAAAACAGAGGUACAGCGGUGAUUUUUCAAUGUCCUCAUCAACGACCUCUGUUAGCAAGAAACCCAAAGAAUCAAUACAGCCGAGGUAUCUGGAUAUAUCAAAAUACAAAUCGGAAAACUCACCCAAGAAUUUCCUCAGAAGAGAUCCAAGCAAGACAUACAUCGGUGUACUAAAUAAUAGUGAUAAGAAAGAAAUUAGCAAAGGAAGUGCACAACACUAUGAAAUGGAACAAAAGAAACAGGAACUUGAGAAGUGGAAGCGAAGAGCGUCGUACGACCCUAGGAAGGCUGCGGCCGCGGAUAGGGGGAGCCGAAAUACGAGUAACGUAUUACGUUCCCAAUCUUUCCACGGGCCGGUCUUGUCGCCGUCCGUACGUUAUCAACCGCAGCCGAUCAACGAGACAUACGACGCCUCCAGCGACAACGAUUUCUGA